AUGUUAACAGCCAUGGCACAGGUUCAGGAAUAUCUACAGUUCCAAUCGGAGCCAUCGGGAAGACACGAGGGGAAACACCAUAUAGUUAUAGCCGGGGCAGGCAUCAUUGGAGUCUGCACUGCGUAUUUCAUUGUCAAGCAUGCGAAAUUUGACCCAGAAAAGUACCACAUCACGAUUUUGGAGAGCAAAAGAGUCGCCGGUGGAGCCAGUGGCAAGGCGGGUGGGUUGUUGGCGUUGUGGGCCUUUCCUGAGCAGAUCGUGCCCUUGUCUUUCAAUUUGCACCAGCAACUAGCCGAUGAGUUCAAUGGUGCCCAGGAGUGGGGGUACAGGCGAUUGACUACAGUUUCGUUAGAAGGAGAUAUAUCUCAUGUUGGAGAAGGUGAUGACAAUGAUGAUGUCGAUGAAAAUGGCGAUGAAAAUGACAACGACGACGAAUCGGAUCCACUGACCAGACUCAAGCCUCGUAGCUCGAAUUCUCCACCUAGAAAGGCAACUAGGAAUACUCGUUCUUCUUCAAUUGUUCAACUCGAUUCUGCCACAAAUAAGCUCCCACGAAGCUUGAACUGGAUCCGGUCGUCCUUGAUUGACAACUGCACCACACUAGGAGGCACAGACACCACGGCCCAAGUGCAUCCUUACAAAUUCACAAAUUUCAUACUUAGAAAAACAGUCGAAGAGGCCAAGGGUGCAGUUGAGUUGAUAUUGGGCAAAGUCGAAAAUAUAACUUAUUCGGAAGAAACCGGUACUGCCACGGGCGUCAAGUACCACCCAACUUCAAUUAAAGAUAGUGGUAAAUACGAAAACAAAUUAUUGGAGUUGAAAGCUGACCAGACAGUGCUCACUGUUGGACCUUGGACUUCAAGGAUAUUGCCCGACUGCCCCAUCUCGGGGUUGAGAGCUCAUUCCAUCACCGUGGCUCCGUUUAAAGACCAACCAGUUAGCCCGUAUGCUAUUUUCACUGAAUUCAAAGUAGCACCAACGAAAUACAUCUCACCGGAAAUCUACGCAAGACAAGAUGAAGUAUAUGUUUGUGGAGAAGGCGACAGUGCAGUGGAUGUGCCUGAAACCACCGAUGAUGUCGAAGUGGUACGGUCCAAAUGCGACGAAUUAUAUAAACAAGUGAGCAAAAUCUCGCCAAAUUUGAAACGGGGGAAGAUAUUGAGACGUCAAGCUUGCUAUUUGCCCGUGUUGGACGUACCUUCUUCGAGUGGUCCGUUGAUUGGAGAAACCAAUGUAACAAAUUUAUAUCUUGCAUCUGGUCAUUCGUGUUGGGGCAUAAAUAAUGCUCCUGGUACCGGUAAAGUUAUGAGUGAGCUUUUAUUAGAUGGAAGUGCAAAAUCCGCCGAUAUAUCAAGUUUAGAUCCUUCUUUUUACUUUGACGCUAGCGUUAUUAUAGAAGACGACGUUAAUGAUGAUGAUGAUGAUGAUGAUGAUGAUGAUGGAAGGGGGAAGAAACAAGAAGAAGAAGAAGAAUAA